AUGGAGACGUUAUAUAAUUGUUACACCGCUACGAUGCAAACGUGCCCACAUUGCAACAUAGCUAUUCUAAAUGCCCCGAAAUCUCCAGCUAUCUCACCUAUCGCCUCACUCUUGACCACCAACAACCCUCCUGAACCGCACGAAGCAGCCGUCGCCCGCCAGGUCAUCGCCUCUUCGAAGACGGAGAUUGCGCACCUCACUUGGAUAAUCGACCAAGUUUACGACAUUCUGGAUGAUUUGAAAUCUCGCCGUGGAAAAUACAAACGCGAUGUGAUUCUGCACCAGAACGUUAUCCGCAAUAUCCGCCGUAUCCCACCCAAUGUCCUGUUGGAGAUCUUCUCCCACACCGUCGUCGAAGGCCAUUCCAACGAUAUAUGGGCGGUGGUCGAAGUUUGUCGGCGCUGGCGUGAGGUUGCGCUCGCCACACCAACACUUUGGUCGACCUUUCCAUUCCAAGAACCCUUUCGACUCUCAGGGCCGUUUGCUUCCGAUAUCCUAUCACGCCUAUCGAGGUCACUACAGCUCUCGCGUUCAGCUCCCUUCAAGCUGAGCAUCUCGUAUGAAAAGUCAAACUACCCUGUCUGUCCGUUUCAAGUCUUAGCAUCCCCUCAUUCAAAGCGGAUUACCCGGCUCACCGUUCGUAAUCUUCCGACACUGGAAAGCCAAUUAAUGCCCUUCUGGUCUUCACCUCCCGGGCUUGUGCAGUGGGAUUCUCUGAGGUCUCUUGAACUACAAGGUUCAGACGCCGCGUCUCUAGAAUCCCUCCCCAUUACCGUAUUCCAGCACGCGCCUCUUCUCCAAGACGUCAACUUAAAUUUCGCCUUGAAUCGGUGGCGGAUCCUCUCCAGGAUAAGCAAUCUCUUUCUCCCUUGGUCCCGACUACGCAAGUUCUCCGCGUCAAAUAUUAGCUUCGAAUGUGUUUUCACUGUCCCUCAGGCAGCAUCAAUACUAGAAGAAUGCUGCGUCGAUGUAGUGGCUAGGCCACCUUGGUCCCUUAACAAUUCCAUUCUCACCCACCAAUCUUUGGCGACGCUUCAUGUUUUCCUACCAGAUGAGUGCCCCGCACAUGAACUCCUUAGCCGCCUGAGUCUGCCAUGUCUCCGCAAACUCUCUGUGGCCGCAGCAACUUUGGACAUUGCAAUUAUUUGUACCCUCAUCGAGCGGUCGUCUUGUGGAAUCACCUUUCUCAAUCUCCCCACGGCCCGUUCUCCAGUACCCGGUGACCUCUACAACGCCCUUCGCCGCCUCUUCUCACUUAUCCCGGAUGUGAUCGACCUCUGCCUUCCUUUCUCUUUCGCAUUCCUGUGGCAAACCAUAGCUGAAACUCCUGAUGGACGAUCCCUUGAGCCUCCCGCUUGUAUUUUGGGAGAUAUAGCUGUUCCCCCUCUUGAGACGAUCACAUUUACCUCCGCGGAUAUGCUGCUCAUUGGGGCGAUUCCCGAUUGGGUGCCUGAAAACGACCAAGUAGAAAUCCUCCGUCGAUGGAACUAUGAGUUAGGGGAGCUAAGUCGUGUUAUUAAAGUUGACGCCAUGGAGGACGACAACGCAGCCCACCAUGAUCUCGACCGCAUAUUGUCCCACAUUAGUGCUGAAUCUGACACAGGUUUGUCUGGUCAAUACCUAUGCCACAAGACCGGGCGCGAAGUUGUCUCCAACCUCCAGGACUUAUUGCAGCAAUUACCAGAUAGACUCUGCCUGCUUCGCGGGCGUAUUUCCGCUAUUCUGGAUUUGUGGUCACCCCGAAUUCAGGAAUAUCAAGCAUCAUCUGGGUGGAUGGAGAGCGAGACGGCGAAAACUGUGGUGUAUGCACGACGGCGAGGUUUGCUUUACCCCACGAUUCGGGAUCGGACGAAGAACUGCUUUGCUUCCUUUGCACUGCAGAAUGGAUACCUUACACUCUAG